UGCAUGGGGUGAUCCCUCUUGCGACAGUCAAGUUUAUUGCCAUCCCUGGGCAAAGUCCAAAGACUUUGCAAGAUCUUGCAAGAUCUGGUUCACACAGACCAGAAACUCCUCGACAGCUUCAUGCACAAUUGCCAUGUGCAUAUUGUAGCUCUCGUACAGACAAUUUUGUAGCACACGCUGGUUUACUUUGAUAAUUUAAGGCACAGUUAGGCAACUCUCAAGAUGUCAACUGGUCUUCCUGGUGUACUGAAAGAGUGGGAGGCCUUAGAGAAGGAAUUUGUCUCACUUCAGGAGACCCACAGGUUGUAUCUGCUGAAACUUGAUGAAAUAUCAAAGUUACAGAAGAGCUUUGCAUCUUCUAUCACUCAUCAGAGAAAGAAUCUAAAAGAUUUGUCUGGUUCAUUGCGCAAAUGCAGAAAGGGCAUAUCAGAUGAAGAGGGAAAAUCCCUGGAUGGCAUCUCUUCACAGCUACGAGAAUGGCCUAAUACAUUCCAUGAAAUGGAAGCUUUUUUACCGAAGAAGAAUGGGAUAUACCUCAAUCUGGUCCUGGGCAGUGUGAACGUAAACCUUCUGAGUAAAAAGUCCAAGACAGCUUACAAGGACGAGUAUGAGAAAUUCAAGCUCAAAGUGACUGUUGUCUUGCUGAUACUUGCGUCUUUGUGUUUUUUCUUCAGCUACAGAUUUGUCGAUGCAGUCUUGAACUUCCUGUUGGUGUGGUUCUACUGCACACUCACCAUAAGAGAGAGCGUCCUGAUCAGAAAUGGGUCUAGGAUCAAAGGGUGGUGGGUGGUUCAUCACUACAUCUCCACCUUCCUCUCUGGAGUCAUGCUGACGUGGCCUGAUGGAAUGCUGUACCAGAUGUUUAGGAACCAGUUCCUGGCCUACUCAAUCUAUCAAAGCUUUCUUCAACUGCUUCAGUACUACUAUCAAAGUGGCUGUCUCUACAGACUGAAGGCUCUUGGAGAGAGACACAAUUUGGACUUAACAGUGGAGGGUUUCCAAUCGUGGAUGUGGAGGGGUUUGACAUUUCUGCUCCCAUUCCUCUUCUUUGGUCAUUUCUGGCAGCUCUUCAAUGGAAUCUCCCUUUACCGCAUGUCUAACCUUCCAGAGUGUGUAGAGUGGCAGGUGUUUACGUGUGGCCUGUGCUUCCUGGUCCUCUUCACGGGGAACUUCUUCACCACCGUGGCCGUUGUGCGUCACAAGGUCCAGCAGAAGAACCAGGCCAAGGCAAAGACUCAGUGAAAAGAAGCACCAGAGGCCCUGCCGUGGCCAAACGGUGGGGCACUCGUCUGCCAUGCGGCUGGCCCGGGUUCGAUUCACGGCCUGGUCCUUUGUCGGCCCUUCCCCGUCUCUCUCCCCACUCGCUUCCUGUCACCACCUUCACUGUCCUAUCAUAAAUAAAGUCAGAAAGACCAAAAAAUAAAUAAAAAAAGAUGAACUUUAGUUAGACUAAGUAUACAUUAAAAACACAGACUUAAGUUAUGAGCUACUAUAAUUGUAACAUGUCAUCAUAAAAUUUCACAAAUUGUUUAUUUGUCAUUCAUGGGUCUGAAGUUUUACAGUACCGACAAACUGAUAUUUGAGGUAUAUUUUUUAUUGUCUGUAUCCUAUCAUUUGUAUUCCCAAUCAUGAAAAUAAAAUCAG